AUGUUGCGCAGCUUCUUUAGCAACCGAACCUUAACGUCGCUCCGGCUGACUAAAGAGUAUCCGAGAAGGAUUGCGCUUGGCGACAAGUCUGGCCUCCAGCUCCACGCCAUGCUCGAGCUCACGCCGAUAGACAUUGUUCUUGGCAUCGCGAAUGAGAGGGACCUCGAGCGGCGGAAAGGGAUACUACGCAGUCCGCUGCACGGAAUUCUACUUAUCAUAAAGGGCAACAUGUCAACCGACGGAUCCCUGGGCAUGAAGACAACCUCGGGAGCAUACGCCUUACAGAAUGCCAUAGCUAGCCGUGAUGUAUUCAUUGUGGAGAAGGCAAGGAAAUCUGGCAUUUUUGCAAAGUCGGCAUGGGAUAUUGCCGCUCUGCCGACUGAGACCAGUGGUUAUGACCCGGAAGAUCCAGUAACGGCCGAUUCGAAACCGCACGCCAAAAACUUUACUGCUUCUCUCGACGCUAGCUGGAACGACUUCAGGGUCGGCGUGGCCGACAAUGGUUCUGGUCCAUUCUCCCUGGGUUCGUCGGCGACCAGGCCGACAUUGAUGAUGGGGAACAGGUAA